AACAAACUGACUGAUUUUGUUCUUUUUGCAGAUGGCUGUGGCUAAACAUGUCCAGACAGUAUUUUCCUGGUUAUUGACAUUAUUAGGCUGGGUGUUUGUGCCACUUACUAACUAUCUGUUCUCAAGAUGGUAUGAUAAGACCGUAAGAACAGUGCAACCAGUGGAGGAUGAAGUUUUGCUUAAAAGUGCCACAGAAAUAGCAAGGAAAAUACGCUCCAGAGAGCUAAGAGCUGAGGAUGUUAUGUCAGCGUCAAUAGCACGAGUGCAGAGAGUGCAGGGACUUGUGAAUGCAGUUGUUGCACCUCGUUAUGAGGAUGCCAUUGUGGAGGCCAGAGAACUAGACAAAAAGUUGGAUGCAGAUUCGAGUGCUGAAGAGUUUUCUGAAACUAACAUGCCAUUCCUUGGGGUGCCACUGAGUGUAAAGGAGGCCUUUGCUGUUAAAGGCAUGCCCAACUGCAGUGGUUUGGUAUCGCGUAAGGACUACAGAAGCACACAAGACUGUCCAGUGGUUGAGCGGUUGAGGAGGGCGGGAGCCAUACCAUUCUGUAUGACAAAUAUCAGCGAGCUGUGUAUGUGGUACGAGUCCGCAAACCGUGUGUAUGGACGCACGAGCAAUCCGUAUAAUACAAGCAGGAUCGUGGGCGGGAGUUCAGGAGGAGAGGCUGCUAACAUAGCGAGUGGUGCCGCAGUGUUGGGAGUGGGGUCAGAUAUUGGCGGGAGUAUUCGGAUGCCUGCCUUCUUCUGUGGUAUCUUUGGGCACAGAUCUUCAAGAGGCCUGGUCCCGAACGAGGGUCAGUUUCCCAUGGCAACGGGGUCAGAGGUUGACCUGCUGAGUACAGGGCCCAUGUGCAGGUAUGCUGAGGACCUUUUGCCCAUGUUGAAAGUCAUGUCAGCCAAUAAUAAACAGGCACAGUUGGAUGAGAAGGUGGAUGUUACCAAGCUGACCAUAUACAACAUAGAGGAUGAUGGGGGAGGGCUGCUUGUGUCCAGAGUUGAUCCACAGCUGAAACAGGCGCAAGCCAGGGCUGUACACUAUCUCCAGACAUCAUUAGGAGCGACAGUAAAGAACACGUCAAUAUCUAAAUUUAAAUAUGCCAUAGACAUGUGGGGAGCAAAAAUGACGAAAUCCGGCGGCAAAUCGUUCUGCGAUUACAUGAGAGGGGACCAAGGGGAGGUAAAUCCAUUGAAAGAGCUGCUACUAUGGCUGGUGGGUCGUUCCAAGCACACACUGCCGGCUAUUGCUUUGGGGUUAUUUGAAAAGGGGGACCACUUGCUAGAAAAUGUCAAUAAGCGGGCUCUCAAAAGCUUCGACAAAAUGGAGGAAGAGAUUACGACCCUGUUGGAUGAAAAUUCCGUAUUAAUUUACCCCACCCAUCCGAAGAUUGCGCCCUACCAUAACCAGCCAUUGCUGUACCCAUUUAAUUGGGCGUACACCGGGCUGUUCAAUACGAUGGGACUGCCUGUUACGGCCAUUCCCUUAGGGUUGAGCCGAGAGGGUCUUCCCAUGGGUAUGCAGAUUGUGGCGGGCAUGAAUUAUGACCGAGUGUCCAUUGCUGUGGCUGAAGAGUUGGCAAGAGCAAAGGUUGCUGAGUGGGUAAACCCUGGUGCUGGGCUCGACUAAUAAAUCCUAUUGAUUGCAUUCCAAGAUCAAAAGCUAUUUAUUAAUUGUUUUGAUGUCUUGUUUUGUUGUGUCACUUGAUACUACAUGUAGUAAAGUAAAUGUUAUAGUGUACUUGCAUCAUUAAGUAUUGAUUUUUGGUGAUUAUUUUUUGUUUUUGCUUUUAUAGCUUUAACUUUUUAAUAUCUGUGAUUGUAGUCUUGAUGUUUUCAAUGUGAUACACACGUGCCAUUAAAGGGAUCUUUUCACGUUUGGAUAAAUUGACAAAGUUGAAAAAAAAUUGUUUCAGAUUUGCAAAUUUUUGUUGUAGUUAUGAUUUUUGCAAGGAAAUUUUAAUACUGAACAUUAACCAUGUUCUAAAAUAUCCAUUAUAAGCAUCUUUUGAGGAUAAUAAUAAAGCACUAGAAACGCGAAACAAUUGUAUUAUUUGGAACGUUUUGUUGUUAUCAUGAUAUAUUGUGACAUAACAAGGAUUGCAUUUACAAGGUGUAAUAUACAUCUUAUACUAUGUCAGCAUGCCUGGCAAAAUGGUUUAAGCGCUAGACUUAUACUCAUAGGGUCAGUGAAUAGAACCUGGGCGUGGAUAACCUUCUUUUUCUUUCUUUUUUAAAUAAAUAUUUUGUUGUUUACAGAACUCUUAGUCUCGAUGUUUACAUUUAUCAAUUUAAAGUAUUUAAUGACAAACUUUAAAAAACAUACCAAAAUCUGUGAAAAGAUCCUUUUAAAAAAUCCAAAGACACAAGGAUCAAGAUGUAUUAUGCAUUAAUUUUAUUGUUUAAUGUUUGUGCUUAUAUUUCAAAAGAGAACAUGUGCAAUUAAAGAUAACAUACAGUAUGUAAUUGUUAUAAAGUUAAACUGUCUCAUGUCACUAAAAACUGUGCCUGUUUUGAAGUGAUUAAAUGCUUUAUUGUCCACAAGCGGUUUUACCGGAGGGGACUUAUGGUUUGCGCUCAGUGUGUCCGUCAGUCCGUCUGUCAGUCAGUCUGUCACACUUUUCUGGAUCCUGCAAUAACUUUAAAAGUUCUUCAUAUUUGUUCAUGAAACUUGAAACACGAACAGAUGGCAAUAUGGAGAUUAUUCACGUUAUUUCCUUUUCUUCCUACGUCAAGAAUUCUGGUUGCUAUGGCAACAAAUAUAUAUAUAUAUAAAAUCUGACAAUGGUGGAGCCGAUAGGGGUCAUAUAUUGCUUGGCAAUAGUCUUGUUGUUUCAUUGGUUUUAAUAAAAAAAAUUAUUUAUUCUAUAAAUAAUAAGUGUUUAAGAUAAAUGAAAGCUUGUUUUAUUUUUUGAGAAACAUUAAGAUGAAAAAAUGAUAUUUGUGUUUUUAAGAAACAUUGAGGUGCUUUAUUUUCCAGUUGAAUAAAAAAUGUUUGUUCCUGUUUGUAUUCUUAUGAGAUGACAAAAUAGGAUCACAUUUUAUUACGUUUUCUCCUUUUUAAAAGUAUGUGUCGUCGUACGAACGCUUUAACAUAUUUAUAGUCCACAUGUGUGCAUUAAAACCAAAAUAAAGUUGCUUCUACUGUUUUUUGUUAAUUGCCGUUAGUUCCUGAUAUCUGAUAUUAGCAAGAUUUGUAUUGAAAUCUACCGUCACGCUAAUGUACAUUCCAUUUAUUUUAACGGCAAGUGUUCAACUGCUAGCUGCUAGUCUGUUCAUUCUUUCUGUAAUGUUGUUAAGUAUGGCCUAUGAUGUAUGUGAGAAAUAAUUCAAAUAAACUUCAUAAAAUGUA